GUGUGUCUCGUGUCUGGUAUAAAAUCUCUUUUUCUCGUCAUCUCUAUCCCUCAUCUACCCCAUCCUCGACGUCUCUUAACAUGUCGCCACUGCAUUCCCUUACUCUGUCUUUGAAGUCAUCAGAAGAAAACAAGGACCCAGUUUCGCCACAGUUGUCUCCCAAAAGAUCAUAUUUAUCUCAUGGCGAAGGCGAGUUUCAUUGUACAGAAAUGGAUGCGAAGCGUCGUCAUCUACAUUCUGAGUUAGACAAGAGAGCUCCACUUGGUAAGUGUAAUAUAGUAACUCACAUUCUUGCAGCGACUACAUCUUCUUCACAUCAAGAUCCGCUCACAGCUUCAGGGCUGCAGAAUCGACGUCCUCGUGCCCAGGCCCGAACUUCUCAUGAUUCAAAUCGCUCUCUCAAGGGCUCGACGUCUGUGCCCGACUUUCGCUCGCCUUUGCAACAACAGUUGGAAGGUUGUUAUGAGAUGAUUUACAGUUCUAGCUCAUCAGAAAUCCAAGCACAUACGUGGCCCCCUGACUCGCACACCAUCAAUAUUAUACACGACAGCAGUAGCUUGCGCAAUCACGGUAAGAGUAGUGGUGGCACUGGCACCUGUCAGAAUGCAGUACCGCCGCGGGAUCUCAACGACAGCAUCUCUCCUGCGUGGCCACCACCUGUACUUCAUAACACCACCAUUUCUUCAAUAAGCGAUUGUUCUGUUUCCCAUGGGUGGAGCCCCUCAGCUUUUACCCCCGGUGAUGGUGAUGACCCUGUAGUAUUUCGAUCUCGUUCGAAUUCUUUGCCACUUGUCCGCCGCCCUCCGGUUGACCUUUGGCAAUCAGAGCCACUGGAAUCGAGCAUAACAAAGCAUCAGUCUCCCUUUCUCAGCCCACCUGCUACAAAUAUACAUCCUCCCGUUCAAAACGUUAACUCUGUAUUAUACAACACCCCUCCUCCUGGUCUAACUUCUCAUAGUGCCAAGCGACGUUUGGCUUCAGGAACGUCUCAUGAAGGGGACUCAGAAUCAGUCCCCUUAGCGUCUGCAGAUUAUUCGAUAGGCUCUUCAAAGACUACGAACGCAAUGCGUGGGAAACCGAUGGCUCCCAUCGGCGCUGAGCGUAGCAGGGUAUUAUCCAUGUUGUCCAAACCAACGCCUAAAGCAAAUCUUAGCCGUAUAUCCCCUCAAUCUUCUUCUUCAUUUCCAUCUUCUUCAUGCACUCAGUCACUCGUCGACAGGCCACCGUCUGGGGUGUCAAGUGCCUUUCCCGCACACAGGCACGCUCGCGUCUCUGGAACUCAAGGAAGAAUGCCUGUGGAGGAGGAUAAGUUGUCCACGAAGGAGUUGGAUCGUCUUUUCCUGUGCUUGCGGCUAAACGAACACUCUCCAAAGACUAUAUCCCCUCUAAGCCCUCUUCGAAACCCACAGCCGGAUCUAGUGUGGAGCGCUCAAGCUAAGGUCAUGUUACGCACUUCAUCAUUAAGAAAUGUCAUGUCUGCAAGAUACCGCCAAAGUCCAAAUGAGCGCUCCAGAACUAUCUGUGAUCGUUACCAGCCUCGAGAAGUGGAGAGUAUCUCUGGACAUUGUCAAGAAUGCCGUAGGGAUUCGAUGUGCAAGAAGCUUUUAUCCCGCAGACUUUGUCAGUCGUCGUGGCCGUCAAAGGUGCCACGACGAAGCUCUGGUCCCAUCGCUGUAAUAGGUGACUAUGGGGAGAUACUAGACGAAGAAGGCGAUGAAGAGGAAGGCAGUCUGUGGGAUGAGGUUAGGGCUGCUACCUUGCGUCAACCUUCCCUAAUGGACGACCCGGAAAUAGUCGACAUGAACAUUCUUCCCCCUGCUAGUCCUCGCAUUCUGGAUUUACAUGAUUUCGACUCGGAGUUGCCUGAAAUACCAGAUGAGGAUUUGUUUUCGGACAGUGAUGAAGAGAUGGCAGACUAUACCAGUCACAGAAGAAGUCUUUUUUGAUUUUAUUGAAUUCAUAGACGGACAUUAUAGAAACAAUCGUGUAGAAGUAGUCAAUGCAGAAUCUUUGUAAAGUUUUUGAGUGUAGUAUAUUUCUCGGUGUUAUCGUUACCACUACAAGGAAAAUCCAAAAUGCUUUCAUGAUCCCUUUUUUCAUGUAUUACCUUAGUGUAUGCUCCACUUAAAGAUCAUUUGUCGUACCUACCUCAGAAGAAAUUGUAUUGCCUUGCCAAAGCC